UAACGCACCAAAGCGCAGUUUAGAAAACCACAUGUACCACAAUCCAUUGCGAACUAGGUUUCGCAACAGAAAAAAACAACCGCUUCCGUGUUGUUAUUCUGGCAAAUAUCUAGCUUGUAGUACGUGAGACAAAGCGCAAUUGCUAGCCAGUUAAUUUGGAAUUGAACCAUAAUGGUUUUAUAAGAUCAAUACAUAGUGUAGUUUUAUUCGCCAGAAUGUCGUUGCUACAAGGCUCAAAGAAAAAGGACAAGCGUAUUUUGUCCGGUACCUGCCCAGACCCGAAAUGCCAGGCGAGGCUAUUCUUCCCUGCUUACGGCUCGAUCAGCAUUGAAUGCACUGAAUGUGGCCAACGCCACGAACAGAAUAAUCUUUUAAACGUGGAAGAAGUAACUGAUCCAGACGUUGUACUGCACAAUUUGUUAAGAAAUGCCCUACUCGGUGUCACUGGAGCCCCAAAGAAGGGAACCGAGCUGGUGAAAGUGAUGGGGCUUUCCAACUACCAUUGCAAGCUCCUCUCUCCUAUUCUCACAAGGUAUGGAAUGGAUAAGCAGACGGGAAAAGCGAAACUGCUGAGGGAAAUGAAUCAAGGAGAGAUGUUCGACUGCUCACUUCUAGGUGAUCGGGCGUUUCUAAUCGAACAUGAGCAUGUAUCUACAGUUGGCUAUGGCAAGGACAGAUCCGGGAGCCUGAUAUACCUCCACGACACUUUGGAGGAGAUUAAGAAAGCUAACAGCAACAAAGAAUGCAUAAUACCUGUUCAUGUGGAUGGAGAUGGACAUUGCCUUGUUCAUGCUGUGUCCAGGGCCCUGGUAGGCAGAGAACUGUUCUGGCAUGCCUUAAGAGAGAAUUUGAAACAGAAUUUCAAGCAAAAUCUGGAUCGCUACAAGGCACUCUUUCAGGAUUUUAUUGAUGCAGCUGAAUGGGAAGACAUCAUCAACGAAUGUGACCCCCUUUUUAUCCCACCGGAGGGUGUGCCACUGGGACUUCGAAACAUUCACAUAUUUGGCUUGGCUAAUGUGCUGCACCGCCCCAUAAUCUUGUUAGAUUCACUGAGUGGAAUGAGGAGCUCUGGGGAUUACUCUGCAACUUUUCUCCCUGGGCUUGUACCGGAAGAGCAGUGCAAGGGAAAAGAUGGGAAGUUCAACAAGCCUAUAUGUAUCGCCUGGAGUAGCUCAGGGCGUAACCACUACAUCCCUCUUGUCGGAAUAAAAAAUACCCUCCUCCCCAAGCUGCCGCCCAGGCUUCUCCCCAAAGCUUGGGGGGUCCCACAGGAGCUCAUCAGGAAGUACAUUCAUUUGGAACAAGACGGGAGCUGCGUCAUCGCGGGAGACCGGAGCUUACAAGACAAGUAUGUGAUGAGACUGGUCAAUGCCAUGGAGGAGAUCUUCAUGGAGAAGCAUGGAAUCCACCCCUCCCUGGUGGCAGACGUGCAUCAGUACGUUUACAGACGGACCGGUAUGAUCGGCGUCCAACCCGAAGAGGUGACGGAGGCUGCCAGGAAAUCAGUCAUGGAAAACCGGCUUCAUCGCUGUCUGAUCUGCAAUGCACUCUCUGAGCUUCAUGUUUUACCUGAGUGGCUGGCUCCAGGUGGUAAGCUCUACAACCUGGCUAAAUCCACCCACGGGCAGCUCAGACCCGACAAGAACUACAGCUUUCCGUUGAACAAUGUGGUCUGCUCUUACGACCCAGAGAAAGACAUCCUCAUUCCUGACUACAAACUAAGCACCUUGAACACCUGCAACUGGUGCCACGGCACCUCAGUGCGCCACAUCCAUGGCAACGGCUCUGUGGUGUACUUAGAUGGAGACAGAACCAACACCCGCUCCCAGGGGGGAAAGUGCGGCUGCGGCUUCAAGCACUACUGGGAGGGAAAGGAGUAUGACAAUCUGCCAGAGGCUUUCCCCAUCACUCUGGAGUGGGGUGGGCGUGUCGUGCGGGAGACAGUGUACUGGUUCCAGUAUGAGGUUGAGGUGACCCUGAACAGCAACGUCUAUGAUGUUGCCAUGAAACUGGUUACCAAGCAUUUCCCUGGGGAGUUUGGGAGUGAGCUCCUAGUGCAGAAAGUGGUGAACACCAUUUUGCAUCACACUGCCAAGAAGAACCCAGACGAGUAUAACCCAGUCUCCAUUGACGGUGCGCAUGCUCAGAGACUCACAGACGUGGUGGAAAUCCAGCAGGCCGUUGACACACAGCCACCGACUAAGAUCAUACUAACUGGACAGAAAUCAAAGACCAUUCACAAAGAGGAGCUGACCAUGAGUAAAGCAGAGCGGAGCCUUCAGCAGAGCAUCAGCGAACAGGCCCUAGUGACCCAGAAAAGGAGGACAGAUCGACUGAAGCAGGAGCAGAAGGGAGUCCAGGGACAUGGGCGGCCGUCCUCUCCGAGUGCUACUCAGGAACCUUCCUCAUCUGCUCCAGCCACGCCCACCAAAUCUUCCUUCUCUCCCACUUCCAGUAAGGAGAAGAAGAUCCGUGUCACCACUAGCGACGGGCGGCAGGCCAUGCUCACUUUACAGGCUCAAACCACCUUUUCUGAGCUCCAGAGGAGCAUUGCGAACGAGUUCAUUGUGUCUCCAGCCCAGCAAUGUAUUCGACAUGGGUUUCCCCCCAAAGAACUUUUACCUCCCAAGGAUGGAGAGGAGAAUGAGCCUGUGGCUCUCCAACAUGGGGACAGGGUGACUGUGGAGAUCCUGAGAGGUCCAGAGGAUCACAAGGUUUCCACCCCAAGUGCUUCCAGUUCCCAUUCAGCCCUGCAUUCACUCCACUCUGUGAAGAGUGAUGAUACAGUGACUUCCAGCAGAAUGAAUAAUAGCAGAGAGCUGCAGGAGAACAUUGACCUUGAGAUGUCCUCCCUCUGUCUCCUAGCAACCUUAAUGGGAGAAGAUGUCUGGUCAUAUGCAAAAAAACUGCCUCACUUAUUCCAGCAAGGUGGAGUUUUCUUCAACAUUGUGAAGAAAGAUAUGGGCCUGAUGGAUGGCAAGCACUGCACCCUCCCACACUUGACUGGAAAGACGUUUGUGUACAACGCAGCAGAGGAGUGUCUGGAGCUGUGUGUGGAUGCAGCGGGACACUUCCCAGUGGGCCCUGACGUGGAGGACCUCGUCAAGGAGGCCCUGGUGCAGCUCCGCUCUGAGGCUGCCUCCAGGAGUCGGGAGGGAAGUCCCUCUCACAGCCUGCUGAGGCUCGGAAGUGGAGGUGUGGUGCGCAAGAAGGAGCAGCUCCAGAGUGUCAACGCCUUCCAGGGUAAGGGCCACUCCCUGGGCAGCGCCCCAGGCGGCUCUCCCCCUGAACACAAGCCCAUCACCCGCCAGCACAGCAGCGGGGUGGACCUGAGCGCCAGCGUCUCAAAGGGACCUGACCUCUCUGACAUCUCAGAAGAUGCAACCAAGGAGCUGGUGCGCAUGGCUCCUGGUUUCGUCACCAUGAAAGACAGCCGACACCUGGACCCUAGUAUGAUCGAAGAACAGAGGAAAAAACUACAGGAGAUGGUCUCAUCCAUCCAAGCCUCCAUGGACAGGCACCUGAGGGAGCAGAGCAAUGCAGGGGCAGGCACUGGGGGCCCUGCAGAGAGGACAAGUGGGGCUAAGAUGAGUGCUUCCCAAUCUACCCCAGGGGUAGGUGAACAGGAAGCCUCUUCUAUGGACGUAUCUACUGCUGGUGCUCAUGGCACACCAGUGAAGGCAGGGAACAAGCCUGAUGGAAAGGAUGCAGGGUCAGAGGAGCUGGAGGAAAUGGAUAGCCAGGAUGCAGAGCAUACCAACGCCCUGGAGCCGAUGGAUCAUUCCUGAUGGGAAAAAGGCCCUAUAGUUUUCUCAGUCAUGAUCAGUCACACCUCUGUCUGGUUGACAUUUAGUAUGUGAAUGCUUCAGGUUGUAUCAAAGCUUUGGUAUUCAUUGUGUUUUGUUGUCUUUACUGCAUGAUUGCCAGAGGUUGACCGUUACUGCCUUUGGUGACAGACUAAUGUUAUUAUACAGAAACAUGCACCAAGCUCCAAGGAGCGAAGCUGGUUUUCAUGCUUGAAAUUCAUUCCUGUAGAUGCCCCCCAUGUCUUAAGACAAGAGGUAGUAGAACAGCUUGAGCUGAUGAGAUCCCAUCCCACGCCAGUAUUGUAAUGUCCGCAAACAUCUGCUUCAGCAAAGUGCACACUGUAAAUGUAACGAGUACCAUCAUCACAUUUUCUGAUUUACCAAAAUAUUUGCUAUAAACAACAGUGACAUUUUCCAAAUUUAGUUUUUUUUUUCUUGAACUUUGCUCUCCAUGUGAAUGUUUGCUGUCUUAAUUCCUGAAGGAAGGAGUCACAUGCCCUUAUGAUAAGCAUAUGCAUCGACUGAUGUUUGUUGUCGGAAAACCCUGUGAUCUUUUUUAGUUUGUAUUUGGGCCAUUUUAUAAGAAUUGAAAGAUUCUGUUUAAAAUGAUCAUUUAAAUGUGAGUGCCAUUUGAAAGAAAGUGUAGCACUGUUCUGAAUAUAACCAAUUGAUUGGUGGAAUUUAGAGAUUGACAUUGAAGUGUGCACUGAUUGGGGAAAAUGCCUGUUGAUUCUUUUGGGUUCAAGGCUACUUACUGAUGUUUGAAGAGUAAUUUAUGUUACUUUUGAGAUUUCUCAUAACUUGGGCCACUCGUUUGGGUUUUAAGUGUGCUGCGCAAAUGCUGAACUACUUGAUGUGGUGCUGUAUUCUGUUGGAAGGGCCGGCAUAACAUACUACACACACCUGGGAGUAUAUUCCAUUACUUGUAUGCAAUUCCCUUUAGUGAAAGAUGGAAUGCAGUGCAGGAUUAUUAUUUUUUGAAAUACUUUAGAAUUGUGUAAGACUUGAUUUGUGAAUUUUCCAGGUUUACAUAUGAUCUUUUUAGGAAUGAUAAAUCAAUUCAAGAAUAGCAGAUAAUUAUUUUUCCAUGAUCUGCCUGCAGUUUUUGUUGUUUUGUAAACAUGCAAUGCUGGCAUUUUAUUAUUCAAUCUAAUACAUGUAUGUUUGCACUUGAAUGUUGUUAUGCAGGGGUGUGUUGAACCCUGUAGGCUCCCUUUUUAGUGUUCUUACCAUUCAUUAGGAUAUCAACUUGGGAUGAACCAACCAUAGAAAUAUAGUUAUUCAUUCUAAUUGAAUGGAAACCACAAUUAGUUGGUAUUACUAAGAAUUGUUAUGUAUGUCUAGUUACUUUAUGGCUAUUCAGCUCUAGGAUUUCAACACAACAUCCACAAUUUGAUUUACUCAGAAGAGAACUUGAACAAUGGGAUAGUUUUAAGUGCUGUGAACAUUUAUGUUGCCGAUUGUGACAUGAGAUGUCUGAUCUUUUGGUGCAGAAUGUGAUGAAAUCCUUGAAAGAGAUUUCAUGGAGGUUGUACAUUUUGAUAUCUCAUAAACAAAGUACUACAUCUCUCAGUGGUGUGAAGUAUAUUUCCAAUUGGUUGUUCAGCCAAUCCAGUUGAUUGUAAACUUAUAGGCAAACCAUGUAGUACCAUGUUGCAUUCAGAUCAGUUUUGUGGCAUUCAAUUCCUCUCGCGACAUUAUAAAAUGUAACUUUUGGUUUGUUUGUUGGAAUUUCAACCAAAAAGCGAGUUGGGGUGUUUUAUAGGCCCUCACAUUGGAAGGCAGAGGCCUCACUGUUAACUAAUUUAAGUGGCCAUUGAGAUAAAGGCAUUUUGGGCCACAUUGAGUUUACACUUUUGUUGCCAACCUAGAUUUUGGAGUAUUCCAAAUCACCUUGUUGUUCUAGAAUGACAUGGUAACUUUGGAUGCUGCCAUUAUCAGCUUAUGGCCUUAUAUCCUUGAGUCUUACUGAGUCUUGGCCUGACUUCUGGACAAGGUUUCUUAUUAUGGCAAAAAGCAGUACCUGCCUAAAAAAACACAUUAAUUGCAGGUCAUUUUUUAAAGAGUUCCACAGCUUUUCUUUCUAGUGAACAAAAUGUAAAACUUAGCACUUUCAUAAAAAUAGGGAAUAUUAGAAUAAAACAUAUACUAGAUAUACUCAAAUAUAGAUAUUGUCAGUCCAAGGGAACAUUUAAAGGAAAUAAUAUACUCAGACAACACUGUUUUGACAAACUUGAAGUUUGUUUCUUUGUGACUGCUGUACUAAUUAUAUGUAUCGUAUGCCAGUUGUAUUAUAAUAGUAUAUAUUGUAGUAUACUUUGAUCUGUACAGAAACUCAAGUUCUUUCAUUUUUUGUUAACUUUUUUUCUUGUUUGCUAAUAAAAGAUUGAAGUUACCAUGGCUACAACAUUGCUGUUUGCAUGUGUGAUGACUUUUCAACCAAACAAUAAAGUAAUUUCUUCACAA